AUCAGAAGUAUUGCCGCAGAUGUAGGUGUUAACUACAGUGAGACUAAUGCGCCUCCUGAUAUCUUAGACCUUUGGGCUCUUAUUAAACAACUCGAUGCAAUACAACUACCAGAAAUUCUCAUAAGUCUUGCACUGGGUUCCGAUUUCUAUAAAGAAGAGAACGUGAUGAAGCUGAGCGAGUUGGAUGGAAUUGUAGACAAGACGGCAUAUGGCGUUCUAACUUUUGUGGUCACUAAACCGAAUGUUAAGGUCAACUGGACAAAGUACUUGCUUCUUGUAGCGCCGGCGGCUACUCACGACUAUAUACUUAAUGAUCCAUCAGUCGUAGUUCCGAGCAAGGAAUACAUGGAGCGGUUGAACCAUGUUCUUAAUAAAACGUCACCUAGAACUAUAACUAAUUAUGUAAUGAUCCACUAUAUACUGUCCUGGUUGCCGUGGCUUGAACAGAAAUACAGGGAUCUAAUGGACUUUCUCCUUGCAAACGUUUCGAACAAUGCCGAACUGUUCCGUGAUGAUUUCCCAAGAACUGAGCCCAUGUCUCCACGGAAUAGAAGUGAAGCGUGCUUACAGCUAAUUGUGAAAUACUACAGAGUACCUAUGUUGUCAAUGUAUGCACGCUCCAGGUCGAAGGCUUUGAAACCAAUGGCGGAAGAGAUAGCAGUGGGGCUUAUUAGCGGACUCAAGGAAACAAUAGAGAGAAGCAAAUGGAUGGAAGUUGAAUUUAAGAAGGUUCUUUUCCUUUUGUAUCAGUGA